CCAUGGCUGCCAUCCUCCUCCCCGAGUCAAGAGCAGAUCCGAUUCGUGCAGCAGGUGGUGCACCCUGACGUGUCGAACGGUGAGCUGCGCGGCCAGAACUCGCUUCUGGAGCAGUGGCGCCGCUACACAGCGUUCUUCGGGUCGCUGGCACUGCACGCACAGAGCUUCAGUGUGCUGCCAGGGGCCGUCGGCCACGCCGUGUGCCAGUCGCAGCUCACGCUGUCGCUGCGCGUCGUCUCGUCGACCUUCCAGCACGUGUUCUCGCACCUCCUGCAGCCGCAGCACUCACUACUGCUCCAGCGACUGAUCAAUCAGCAGCUCCACGUCCCCAUGACGCUGCAGCUGCAGUUCGACGCGCUCGGCAGAGUCUGCAGCUACGAUGCGUCCCUCAACUUCGUCCAGGCCUUGCGACCGCUGCUGGCCAGCUACGAAGACGUGGCCGCUGUGCUCCACGACGCCCACAUCUCUACGUGCGGCCACAUCGGCCGCGACGUCCAGCACAGCGGGAGCGCCUACGCGCGCGACGUCCGCCUCCAAGUCUCCUUCAUGCUCAGUUGA